CCUAAAAAUUAAAAAAGAAAAAAGAAAAGAAAGAAAAAGGAAAAGGAAAAAGCUUCUCAGGUGGCAUUUUGUGGAGAUCCAGAACGUUUGUUUCCCAAGCCAAAGCAUGCAGUUUCCAGUGACACUGACCCAGCUGAAUAGAACUUCAGAGUGGUUUCCUGAACUACUGUCGUAUGAGGCCCCCGGGGGCAGGAAAGGUUCUCACAGACACAGCUGGCACCCUGCCUCCCCAGCGGGGCCCAGGGCUCCAGGAGCCUCUCCAUGUGAACCUGAGGGGACCUGCCGCACCUCCCCACGUCUGCCCAGAGAUUCGCAAGAGCUUAUAACCUGCCUGCAGACAAAAGCUUGGCCACAGGUGGUGAAGAGGGGACCGCAGACAGGAGACACCCAGGUAAGGCUCCUCUGUGGAUGUCCGGGGAAAAGAAGGAGGGUGAUGGCUCUUGGUAGAGGAUGAAAAAGAUGGAUGCAGGGCCUCAGCCAGAGCAGAGCCUGAGCAGCGCGAGCAGUCAAUAAAUGCGCUGGUCCCCCCUGAGCGCUGCCCUCCCUCGUCUCCCCUGCUUCCAGUUCCGCCUGGACACUGCCUACAUCAAAUCCAGAUGUCAGGGGACAUCAACAAAUGGCAAUGAGAAGAUAGACAGUAAUAGUAAGCCCUGACCAAGUGGAAUAAUUGUCGUAGAGAUGGAGGAAAUGAGCAGGAAACAGAGGAAGAGACGGGGAUGACGUUAGAACAAGUGGAACAGCUGAGGAAACGGUUAUGCUGGUCAGAGGAGCUUUCUGGAGAUGCUGGAAAGACAGGAGGAGGAGGAGACAGCAGCCACUGCCUUAGCACUUAGGAUUCAUCUGAAGUCUUGGUAGGAAUUACACGGGUAAUGUGAUGGGGGUGAAAGCAUCUUCCAGGGCAUGGAGAUCUGAAUGCAGAGUCACCGUUGAAGCAGAAAAAAUUGCAAAGACUUGUGGAUGCGCUGAUAGGUAUAGAUUAUCAGGGGAAUAAGAGCCGUGUGGGCGGCAUCUCUGCAGAGACAGGGAAGGAGGAGCAGGCAGCGGGUGGUUCCUCAUGCUUCCUAAGGAACACUCAGCAGCCCUGAGCCAGUCUUUGGACAGAGCUGAGAUCAAACCAGGUGAAGGGAACGAUGGAUUCUAAUGUUGCUGUUCUCUCUGAGCAACGACCCCAGGCAUGAAGCUACGUUCCUCUGCCUCGUCCGAGGGGACUAACAGCACCCAAGAGCCCUUCUCCUUCCUCCUCACGGGCAUCCCUGGGUUCGAGAGCGCCCACGUCUGGAUCUCCAUCCCCUUCUGCUGCCUCUACGCCAUCUCCAUGGUGGGAAACGCCAGCAUCCUCGUGGUCAUCCGCACAGAGCCAGCCCUCCGCCAGCCCAUGUACCUGUUCCUCUCCAUGCUGGCCCUGACCGACCUGGGGCUCACCCUCACCACUCUGCCCACGGUCAUGCCGCUCCUCUGGUUCAACGCUCAGGAAAUUGGCUUUGAAGCUUGCUUUGCGCAGGUAUUUUUUAUUCAUACCUUCUCCUUUAUGGAAUCUUCAGUCCUGCUGGCCAUGUCCUUUGACCGCUACGUGGCCAUCUGCCGCCCCCUGCAUUAUGCCACCAUCCUCACCAGCCAAGUCAUUGGCGGGAUUGGAUCAGCCAUCCUUUGCCGCUCUGUCCUGGCUGUCCUUCCCUCCCUUCUCCUCCUCAAGCGCCUGCCCUUCUGCCGCUCCCACCUUCUGUCCCACUCCUACUGCCUCCACCAGGAUAUGAUUCGCCUGGUCUGUGCGGACAUCCGGGUCAACAGCUGGUAUGGGUUUGCUGUGGCCUUGCUCAUCAUUGUGAUGGACCCUCUGCUCAUCGUGCUCUCCUACACACUCAUCCUGAGAAGCAUCCUGGGCACAGCCUCCUGGACAGAGCGGCUCCGGGCUCUCAAUAACUGUCUGUCCCACGUGCUGGCCGUUCUGGUGCUCUAUGUUCCCAUGGUUGGGGUAUCUGUGACUCAUCGAUUUGCCAAGCAUGCCUCUCCACUGGUCCACGUUAUCAUGGCCAACGUCUACCUCUUGGCCCCUCCUGUGAUGAACCCCAUCAUUUACAGUGUGAAGACAAAGCAGAUCCGCCAGGGAAUUAUGCACCUGUUUUCCCAAAGAAAUAUGCUUUUAAGAUAAAGAAAUGUGUUAAAUUACUCAGAAAUCACCAGUAUAGAUUUAUAGAGUAAGUAUAGUCAGACUUGGGCAAUGGGGACCCCAAAUACAAGCCCAUCAUAUUUUUAGAUUGUGUGACAUUUUGUGGUUUAUAGCAGAUUUCUGUCUGGGAGGAGCUAGCAGCAAAUAGUCCAUCCAAAAGAGCUGUGAGUCCAAACUGAUUAAAUUCUAGCACAUUUAUUGUCCAGUGGGAUAGGCUUCAUUGAUUGAGUAAAAGUGUAAGUGUUCUCUCACUUUCUGGUUAUUUGUCUCUCUCUUGGGUUUGGUUCAGUAAAUUUGAAUGAAACCCUUCGUUGUUGCGCCCACCUCCCGUUCUCCUCACCGCUCCACUGAGACCUUCAGAUAAACUCUGUUGCCCUGAAUAAUAUGAUGGGUCGCUGUGUUCUGCGUUUCUCUUGCAAAAGGAUAUGGACUCUUUGAGGGAAGAUGGGUAUUGUUUCCGUGUCUCAGCUCUCCUGCCGAGCUCACCCAGGCCACGUGACGUACACCAGCAUAAUUUCAGCACACCCAGUGAACACAUGCAAAGAGCAGAAAGAUUGGGGGUGGGGUGCUGAGAGCCCCCUAAAGCUAACCUAAGGCUGCUGCCUCAUUACAGGCCUUAGAAUUUAGCAUGUAAAUUUCAAGUGUGUCCGCAGAUAACAUUUGUGGGAACAUACGAUCAUUUUUAUGACCACAACCCACUUUUUUGUUUGGGUUGCUUUUUAACCUGAAAUUCUUACUGUGGUUCAGAUUCUUAGGAGCAGGUUGCCGUUGGCAUCAAGGGCUUUGUACUAGAAGAUGUUCUGACAGUAAGGGAUGGCCUUGAUGAUAUGAAUAUUAUUUUGUGGACACCAACAAGGCUCUCAGAAAUAUCCUUCUGAAGGGCAGCCACCGUGUCGGUCACAGCUUCUGAAUCCUGAACUCACACUGCAGGUGGCCAGUACCA